AUGACUGAUAUGAAUGAUAGUAGUUCUGCUAUUCCUCAGCAAACUCCAAGGAAACAUGUACUAUCUUCUAAGGUUAUGCAACUUUUUAGAAGUGGCUCGAAGUCAUCCAGGCAAGUAAAGCCCUCAUCGAACACUCAGCCGCCCUCUAAUGUAAACACAAAUGUUUCAUCGGCGUCUAAAUCAGCCAAGUUUGGUUUACAUACCCCAACUUCUGCUACCACUAGAGUAGCCAAUGCUGCUGCUAACGCUACUAAUGCUGCUGCUGUGAGUAAAUCUGGAAUGUAUAUGCCCGAGUGUUACCAAUCCACAUCACCAUCCCACUCCAGUUCGUCUGCAUCGUUGAAUAAUCAAAUCGAUAUCAAUACCUCUAAAUCCUCAUCUGCCACCUCUUUAACGUCAUCAGUAUCAGCCUUGUCUUUAUCACCCGCAUCAGCCAUAAAUACUAGCUCCAAGAGCUUGAGCCCCAAAUUUUCCCACCAUAGUAAUAACGCUGUUAAUACGCCUGCACCUACGCCAACUGCUUCAAGUAUUAAUAGUAACGUUAAUAAAAUAACCAAUACCAGUGGACCUUUCUGUGGUAGAUUUCUCGUGCAUAAAGAUGGUACUCACGAACACUAUUUGAAAAAUGCCAAAAGACAAGAAAAGCUAUCCACGAUGAUCAAAAAUAUGGUUGGUGCGAGCAAACUACGUGGCGAAGCAAAAUCUGCCGUUCCUGAUAUAAUAAAGGACCCAAGUACUUCUGUAAACACUACCAAGAAUCCACCUACAUUAUUUGCAGGUUUUAUGAAACAGGUCGUAGAUAUGGAUGAUAAAUACCCAGAAGGCGCACCCAUAAGUGGCGCCUUCAAUGGUUCUGAAAAGAACUUAUACAAGUCAGGUUUAAACGAAUCAAGCGGGAAAGUGGCGGCCCUUUCAUCCAAUAAUGUACCCGCUACCACGCCAAUUAAAAAGGAUACACAAUGUUUUGCUGAAAAAUAUGGUCGUUGUCAAGAAGUCCUUGGUAAAGGUGCGUUUGGUGUAGUGAGAAUCUGUCAAAAGAAAAACGUUUCGUCACAAGAUGGUAAUAAAGGUGAAAAGCUUUAUGCUGUAAAAGAAUUUAAACGUAAGGCGUCCGAAUCUGUGGAAAAAUACUCUAAGAGACUAACCUCUGAGUUUUGUAUCUCCUCGUCAUUACAUCACACAAAUAUCGUCACCACAUUAGAUCUUUUCCAGGAUGCUAAGGGGGAGUAUUGUGAAGUAAUGGAAUACUGUGCGGGCGGCGAUUUAUUUACUUUGGUCAUUGCCGCAGGAAAGCUGGAAUACAUGGAAGCUGAUUGUUUUUUCAAGCAACUGAUAAGAGGUGUUGUCUAUAUGCACGAAAUGGGUGUUUGCCACAGGGAUUUGAAACCUGAAAAUUUAUUAUUAACCCAUGAUGGUAUGUUGAAAAUAACCGAUUUUGGUAACAGUGAAUGUUUCAAGAUGGCAUGGGAAAAAAACAUCCAUUUAAGUGGAGGUGUUUGUGGUUCGUCUCCAUACAUUGCCCCGGAAGAAUAUAUCAAAGAGGAAUUCGAUCCAAGACCCGUGGAUAUAUGGGCAUGUGGUGUUAUCUAUAUGGCAAUGAGAACCGGCAGACAGCUAUGGAGCUCUGCUGAAAAGGAUGACCCAUUUUAUCUGAAUUACCUAAAGGGGCGUAAGGAAAAGGGUGGUUAUGAACCAAUUGAAAGUUUGAAAAGAGCCAGAUGUAGGAAUGUGAUAUAUUCGAUGUUAGAUCCUGUUCCGUAUAGAAGGAUCAACGGGAAACAAAUUCUAAACAGUGAAUGGGGUAGAGAAAUAAAAUGCUGUCACAAUGGACACGCGUUGAAAUAA